AUGACGGGAGCCCUCUACGGCAAAAUCCACUUGCGCUACCCCAACGACGCAAUCAAGACCUUCCGCGUCCGCUGGCAGGUCGCCCCCAACGAGGACAUGGUCUAUCUGCGCGCCGAAGGCAAGAAGGAUGGCAAGCCCAACGGUCCGGCGAAGGGCUGGCGCAUCAGCAGCCGGCGCUCUGGAUGGCUGGACUUCCAGAUGGAGAUCGAUGUGUUGCGGGCGCAACGCGACGCUGCUGAUGAGACGUAA